UUUCGCGUACUACUGCCCGUCCUGUGCUUUGACUAACACGCGCUUGCGUUCAGUUUUAACUUCACGCGCUGAACUUUAGUUAUUUACCUCUAGUGCUACACAUGGCUCUUACGAUGACAUUGGGGCACCAGAACAAGAUGUACAACGUCAUCCAGCAUUCCGCACCCCAGGCUAACUGUGUUAUUGUUUCCCAGCCCGCGCAAAAAUCCGUCAUCACGACGAAGAGGCCCCUGGCACCGGCUCCAGAGAGGAGUUCUGUCCUCGUAGCAAAUAAUAACGACUUGCGAUGUAAGAGAAAAAUUCAAUUUAUGCCUUACGGGGCACCACCUCAACAACCCGCUUCGGUGGCCAGAAGAAACGCACGUGAAAGAAAUCGUGUGAAGCAGGUCAAUAACGGCUUUGCAACCCUAAGGUCGCACAUUCCACCGAGUGUUGCUCAAGCCCUGUCACCCCAAGGAUCCUCCCAAGGAAGGGGCGCCUCGAAAAAAUUAAGCAAAGUCGAAACUUUAAGAUUGGCUGUUGAAUACAUCCGUUCCCUGCAACAGAUGAUAGAAGACCACGAAAGUGAUAUGACCAACAGCGGUUCCAUAGCCAGUGACUCCCAGUCUGUUAAUGAAAAUCGCUUUUACACGGGCAGCCCGGACUCAACACAUCUCUACUCGACUUCCUACCCCGUGCUCUUGCCCACCCCAGCGUGUUCGGAGGCCUCUGCAUCCCCGACACCUUCUCACAGUUCAGAGGGUUCCUUCUCCACGACACAGAGUUACACAAACGCCCUGUACCACCACACCGAGAACUACGAAAACUACGACCCGAAAAGUCCAGAGGAUGAAGAACUUCUUGAUGCGAUUUUUUCUUGGCAGCAAGAAUAAAAUAUGUCUAAGAAUCCUUGAGGCCAGUCUGUGAAUCUAAUCAAAAAAUACCUUAAAUUAAGAAAACCCAGUGCCUUCUUCAUUCCAUAGAGUGAUAUUUGCUACAAUAUUUUUGAAGAAUCUCAAGAGUUUAUCAAUUGUUGUUCUAGUCAUUGUUUAUGUAAAUAUAUUGUGUAUAUAUUGUUUAUAUUAUAGUAUAUAAGUUUUUAUUAUAUUCCAUCGUUACUAGUUGAUCGAGGCGAAGAUUUUCUAAAGAAAAUUGCAAUAAAAUUGAAUAAAUUCGCUGAAACAUGUGCUCUCUAAUUGUUACUAUUUUUAAAUAAAUUAUAUCGUACUGAGUAAGAAUUUUCUUGAAUCUCUGUAAUGUUAGUUGAUAGUACUCCAGUUUUCGUCAACUGAAUAUCCUGUAAAUAUAUUUUUGAUACGCAUAUUGCAGCACAAUGUACUGAGUAAAAACGAUUUUUUUAUAAUUUUUUAAUAAAAUGUAC